AUGCCACCCACCUACGCAACCCUCCCCCUCCAGCCUCGCACGACUCCUCCGUCGAGCGCGCAGCCUCCGCGCAAGGCGCCGCCCAGGAUGUACCACAUCACGGAUCCAAACGAGCCCCUGCCGAGCCCAAACGCUCUCGCCUCGGCGACGACGUCGCACACCCAGCAGCGCUUCCGCAUCUCGACCCGCAAGCUGCCCAUCUCCAAGUCGGCUGCCAUCGACGCCCUCUCGGACAGGCUGGGGAUUCCCCUGCCCGAGAUGAUCUUUGGCGACAAUCUCGUCGCCGUGACGCAUGUGCCCUCGGGCUGGACCCUGGCCUUCAACACGCCCGACGCCCUCGAUGCCGUCGACAAGACCGACAAGAACAUGCUCCGCGUCGCCUACGCCCGGGACUGGGAGAGCACCCGUGAGGGCACGACUCGCACCAUCAAGGAGGUAGUCAAGCCCUACGACUGGAGCUACUCGACGACGUACGCGGGAACCGUCGUCGACGCCGGCCGCUCCAAUGCCUCCUUCGGUCCCACCGACCACCAGAUCCCCAUCGAGCUCCUGAAGCGGCGCGACCCCAUCCUCUUCUUCGACGAAGUCGUCCUCUUCGAGAGCGAGCUCGACGACAACGGCAUAUCGCUCUACUCGGCCAAGCUGCGGGUCCACGAGAAGCGCAUGCUCUUGCUCUGUCGCCUCUUCAUGCGCCUCGACAACGUCCUCAUCCGGAUACGGGACACGCGCGUCUACAUCGAUUUCGAGACCGAUCAAGUCAUUCGCGAGUAUACCGCCAAGGAGGCCGCCUUUGCCGAUGUCCAAAAGGCGCUGUUCAUGUCUGGGAGACUUCCCGACGCCGUCACCGUCGGUCUUCGGGACCCGAACGUACUGGACCCUCUGCUGGCAGUUGUGCAUCACAAGACGGAGAUCAUCAACCUCGGCCCCGCGUUGUCGGCAUGA